AUGCUAAAUGAUUACCUAAAACAAGCUAAUAUCGCGGGCGCAUUUGCCAGCGCUGGGGCAGAAUCUCAUAUUGGUGAUCAAGGGAACUUCGUACCAUUAUCUGGUUCAAACGCUAACCUUAAUUCCGGUUGUAAUGCGUGUAAAUCGAAUCUAAAUUCGGGAGCAGUUGCUGGAGCCACAGCUGCGGCAAAAGCUCAUUCCAAUGCAAACAGCUGGGCAAAUGGAAAAAGUCUUUCUAGUGGAACAGCCGCAGCCUAUGCUACAGCAGGUGCUUCAGUAAAAGGAGGUGGCGUUGUAGCCUACAAUGUGCAUCGAGAACUACCAUAUAAUACAGGCCCUUAUUAUGACCCUUACACAGUCGAAGUAAACCCGAAUUUCGAGAACAUUUUUGGACGAAUGCAAUUGGCACCUGAAUAUGGUGUCCCUGGAGUACAACAACAUUAUGGACCACCAGCACAAUUUCAACCAGAAUAUUACCAAGGACAAUACCAACAGCAGUUUCUGCCAGCUUUUGGUCGUGACGUCGCCUUUACUGACGACGCAGUUAUUAUAACUCCACCUCAAGUGCCUAUCGUACCACAACCUAUACCACAACCAGAACCGCAACCUGGCUACCACUACCGCAGGCCUCAAAACAGACUGGAACUACCACCAAAAUAA